GAGAGGAGCAAGAGCGCAGGCGUGGAGGGAAAGGGAGAUCUGACAUUGAUUUUCCGCCCAGUGUUAGCCGGUCAGGAGGAGAAGCAGGGAUGUCCCGGCGAGUAAACGACCCCCUAGAAGACCUAGCCGAGGACGCGAGCAGCGACGCCACAGUCCCAGCCCCACAAGACUGGACUAAGCCGGGGAGGAGUGUCAGUGAAGAGGGCAUUACACAUCUUCGCCCUCGCCACAGCCCCAGCCCUCCCACAGGAAGCCCACACGGUCACCACCACAGCCGCCGCCCCUCCCCUGACCCGCCGCCACACCCCGUCUGUCGCGAGCCUUCCACUGUUAAGGUGUACGUUGACCUCGACUCCGGGUCAUGCUACAAGCCGCCCCGCCCACCCAAGGCCGACCCGCCCCGCCCCACCUCUGAGUCACCCCGCGUCCCGCCCUGGCAGCCGAGUCCCUUUGUGGAGAACGAAGAGCCGCCCACUGCCGCGCGGAUGAGGAUCAAGGGUGACCGAGAGAAGAUGACGAUGCGCAGCGAAGCUUUGCGGUACUGGCGCUCCAUCCAUAACAAGUACUCGCUGCUCAAUGGGUUCAACAAGCAGCGGCGGUCGGCGCUGAUCAAGAAGCACCGGCAGCGGAUGAAGGAGCGCAACCACCUGUCCAUCUUCUUCGUGCUGGUGUUCAUGCUGGUAUUCGUGACCAUCCUGGUGGCCGAAGUGUUCUUCAUCGACGAGCACCGCACCGGCAUGCUCUUCUCCAGCAAGCGCACCUCGGAGUUUGACUCCCUCGGGGACAUCCCGGACUACUUCAUGGACGACAAGAAGUUGGUGGGGCAGCUGGAGAUCGACACGUACCGCAGGCAGGAGCUGUCCGUCAAGGCGAAGACCGGCAACGAAGAGCGCUUCUUCCGCAAGAACGUGGACGAGACGCACCUGAUGGCGCGAGUCACGGGCAACUUGGUGCAGUCCGUGCAGGGCCUGGCCAAGGCUGACUGGCUGGCCUCGCUCGGCCUCACCCACGUCACCUUCUUCGGCGCCAACAGCACCGCUACGGACGCGGAGUGGCACCCUGUCUCCCACACGCGACACAAGUUCUUCGUGUACUCUGCCUUCUACGAUGACCGGAAGGGCCGCAUCAUCCGCGUGGUGGGCGCCACGCAGACCAAGAAGAGCGACCGUGUGUGGUGCAAGUACUGGUACUCCAACUCCAGCACGCUCAUCGUGAACGGCGCCAUCAAGAUCAUCCGCGAGAACUGGAACCUCAAGUUCUCGGCGUGCUUCAUUGCGUGCCCGCUCACCAUCUACCGCAACGGCAAGCAGCCUAUUCCGCCUCCUGAGAGCGUGUCCCUGAUGGCAGACCCAGGCGGCAACGCCACCAACAAGCUGCGCGUGCUCAACCUGGACGUGGCGAAGGAGGAGGUGCGCGACACGUUCGCGGUGUGCGUCAAGCCGCUGCACUUCGACUACAACAACGUGAACCAGAUGAUAGAGUUCAUCGAGCUGAAUCGCAUCCUGGGCGUGGAACACUUCACCCUGUACAACCACACGGUGGGGCCUGGCGUGGACUGUGUGCUGCGCCACUACGUAGCGGAGGGCGUGGUCACCAUACUGCCCUGGAAGCUGGACAUCAAAUCACAGAAGGAGAUCCGGACGGAGGGUCUGUUCGCGGCACUCAACGACUGCCUGUACCGCCUCAUGUACCGCCACCGCUACGUGCUCAUGAUCGACCUGGACGAGUACAUCGUGCCGCACGCCAACCUCACGCUGCCGCACCUCCUGCACUAUCUCCACACCAAGGCCGACGCCAACAAGGUGGGCGCCGUCAGCUUCCAGAACUCCUUCUUCUACCUGCAGUGGCCUGACGACCCCAACAGCGCCUCCCUGCCUCCUCUGGUCACCCUUCGGAAGACUCGUCGUCGUCAGAGGUUCCACCCACACAAACAACGUUCCAAGUACAUCGCCGUGACGCCCAACGUGGUGGAGGCCGGCAACCACUUCGUCUGGGAGUUCCUGGCUGGCCGAGGGACCCUUAAUGUACCCAACGAGGUGGCCUUCCUUCACCACUACCGUGUGUGUGAGUUUGGCGGCGACGACUGCGUCAGGAACCCGCGGAUCACUGACACCUCUAUGUACCGGUAUAAGGACCAGCUCAUCUCCGCCUUCACCUCCACUCUCCGCCGCCUCUCCUCCACGUGUCCCUUCGACGCUAAGGAGAAGGCUCUGUGGACACUGGGAUGAAGGAUUUGUGAUGAUACUAGUGAUGGUGGUCACAGUGGUUAUGUGCUUGUGCUUUCCCUCUUAUGACCUUACUAACGGAGAAGAAGGAGAAGGAGGAGGAGGAGGAGGAGGAGGCAGAAGAGGAGUUACUAGUCUCCGGACGAAGAAAAUUAUGUUGAAAUAAAAACGUCUUUCUCUCAAUAUUUAUAAUGCAAUGUGGACUGGAUUUUAUUUUAUUUUUUUCACUCUCUCUCUCUCUCUCUCUCUCUCUCUCUCUCUCUCUCUCUCUCUCUCUCUCUCUCUCUCUCUCUCUCUCUCUCUCUCUCUCGUUUACAUCGAUCAGCUGUCCGCUUGCUGUGUGCUUUUAAAGCCCUCAGCUAUGCAAUGUUUGUUUACAUCUGUCAGCUGUCCAUGUGCUGUUUGUUUACAUGUGUUAGCUACCCACGUGCUGUUUGUUUACGUGUAUCACCUGUCCACGUGUUAUUGUUUACGUGUAUCAUCUGUCCACGUGUUAUUGUUUACGUGUCAUAGCUCGCCACGUGGUCCUGUUUACAUGUAUCAGCUGAUCACGCCGUCACAUUUACCGACCUGAGGACAAGAUGAAUUAUUGUGUCGGGGAAAAAAAGAGUAACAUUCCCCGACAGACCCGACACGCACAGUUACGCUCAAUAUCGAACAGGCUGACCCACAGGCAAUCCCAAUGGAGAAUCAAUAUAGUGAGACUAGUAGUGAAAAAUAGAGAAGAAAAAAUGUGAUCUACUCAUAUCAAAUUGGUACUGAAUUAUGGCAGAAACUUUUAUUUAUAGAUGAUAAUGAUGGUAAUGAUGAAAAUGAUAGAAAUGGUUGUGUUUAUGUUUAUAUUCUAUGGAAAAGAUCAAUCAUGUAUUUUUCAAUUUUUUUUUCUCUCUCUCUUUUCUUAUCACGAGAAUUUUUUACUGACGCACAAAUCUUUGAAGACUUUUGCCUCAUCGCUAGCUCGAAAUAACUACUACCAUUGCUACUACUACUACUACUACUACUACUACUACUACUACUACUACUACUACUACUGCUGCUGCUGCUGCUGCUGCUGCUGCUAUUAUACUAUCAUCACUGUUGCAAAUAGUACUGCUUCUGCCACUGCCACUACUACUACUACUACUACUACUACUACUACAACUGCCAUCACUGCCUCUUCAUCACAACCACCAUUACCACAAUCCGAUUUACAGUUUAUCAUUGCCAGCACCUUCCUAACUACCAUCAUCACCACCAUCACAAUUGCAUCAUCAUCACGCAGCUAUUCUUCACUGCCACUGCAUCACCAUCACCGCUACCAUCACCACAGUUAUGUAUAUUGUCAUCACCACCGACACCACCAUCACCGCUACAACAUCACCACCCAUAUUCAUUAUCAGCACCAUCUCCAGUAGUAGAAGUAGUAGUAGUAGCAGUAGUAGUAGUAGUAGUAAUAAUAGUAGUAGUAGUAGUAAUAAUAGUAGUAGUAGUAGUAGUAGUAGUAGUAGUAGUAGUAAUAGUAGUAGUGGUGAGUGUUGUGGUGAUAGUGGUGGUGGCAGUGGUGAAUCACAAUCAUAGAUAUUAAUUACAAUCUUAUCACCACCACCACCACCGCCGCCGCCAUUACCACCACACUAACAACGAAGGUCUGGUAUCCCUUUCUACCUAAACUGUUUGUCACUUAACAGAAAAGGUUAGUAUUAAGUGGCUCUGAAGUGCAACAGUAGCAGUAGCAGCAGUAGCAGUAGUAGUAGUAGUAGUAGUGAUGGUAAAAAAAACUACCUUCUUCGCGCAAUCCUCAUUCAUUAACUUACUCAUUACAUUCACUCAUUGAUGCACCCAAUCACCUCCACUCACUCACCCUUGAAAACAAAGAGAAAAGUAUCGUCACAAUAACAAGUGAUUAACUGAGACGCCCACGCAUUUAAUGAAAGUACCUUCACCUAUUUCAUUUCCACCGAUUUGACGUAAGCAGACUUAAUUAUCUCAGGUAUGGGAAGAAUUCAUUAUCUUUCAGUCACUUCGCCUAAAAUAACAGUAGUCCAUAAUUGUUCGUUUUCUAUUCCUUAUUGCUUCGUGUGGGAAAGUCAGCAAUACUUUUUUUUUUUUAAGGGUUGGGUGGAUGAUUUUUUGGGUACACGUUCCAUUUUCUGUAUCUUUCUCCACACGAGUGUUCAUCGAUCGCUUGGCACGGGGCGGCCUGACCUCACCUGACCUCCCCCGCUGCGGCAAGGUGCUGACCAUGCGUCGUAUUUACGGGAUGUUUUACAAUCAAAAGCUGACAAAUUUAUACGACAAACAAAAACAUAGAAAUGACAAUAAUAAUAAAAAGUGCUUGGAUA